GGCUCCGCUGCGGAAGGCGCCCUGGAGCCGUUGGGCCGGACGCUCUGAGAAGGAGCGGAGGAGGCGCGGGACGCGAGUGCAAAGCUCGGUCGGGUCUUGGAUCGUAGCUGGGAGCCGGCGCGAUGGGCGGAGAGCAGGAGGAGGAGCGGUUCGACGGCAUGUUGCUGGCCAUGGCUCAGCAGCACGAGGGUGGCGUACAGGAGCUUGUGAACACUUUCUUCAGUUUCCUGCGACGCAAAACAGACUUUUUCGUUGGAGGAGAAGAGGGGAUGGCAGAGAAGUUGAUCACACAGACCUUCAGCCAUCACAACCAGUUGGCACAGAAGGCCCGGAGGGAGAAAAGAGCCCGGCAGGAGUCUGAGCGUCGGGAGAAGGCAGAACGGGCAGCCAGGCUGGCCAAGGAGGCCAAGUCAGACACCACUGGGCCCCAGAUCAAGGAACUGACUGAUGAGGAGGCCGAGAGGCUACAGCUGGAGAUUGAACAGAAAAAGGAUGCAGAGAAUCAGGAGGCCCCCCUCAAGAAUGGCAGCCUUGGCUCAGCAGGGAAGCAGGAGGCAGAGGAGGAGGACGAAGAGGAAGAAGAUGAGAAGGACAAAGGGAAACUGAAGCCCAACCUCGGCAAUGGGGCAGACCUUCCGAAUUACCGCUGGACCCAGACCCUGUCGGAGCUGGACCUGGCAGUACCCUUCCGUGUGAACUUCCGACUGAAGGGGAAGGACGUGGUGGUGGACAUCCAGCGGCGGCACCUCCGGGUAGGACUGAAGGGCCAGCCCGCAGUCAUUGACGGGGAGCUGUACAACGAAGUGAAAGUGGAGGAGAGCUCGUGGCUUAUCGAGGAUGGCAAGGUGGUGACUGUGCAUUUGGAGAAGAUCAACAAGAUGGAGUGGUGGAGUCGCCUGGUGGCCAGUGACCCCGAGAUCAAUACCAAGAAGAUCAACCCUGAGAAUUCCAAGCUUUCAGACCUGGACAGUGAGACCCGCAGUAUGGUAGAGAAAAUGAUGUAUGACCAGAGACAGAAGUCCAUGGGGCUUCCCACCUCCGAUGAGCAGAAGAAACAAGAGAUCCUGAAGAAGUUCAUGGAUCAACACCCAGAAAUGGAUUUUUCCAAGGCCAAAUUCAACUAGAACUCCUGGAACUCUUGGACUGAACCUCCAACCACCCAUCCUCCCUUCUCACCCUUGCUUGGAACUUGGGGGCCUCAGGGCUGGUGCAGGCAUGGGACUGGCCCAAGCACACAGGACCCGAGGCAUUAAGGGGAGAAGGGCUGGGGCCCCGGGGGUCCUUUCUUCCUCAGUUGGCCUACUGUUACACAUUAGAGCUACUUACUCACUUC